UUCCACCCGUAAACAUCCAGCUGAACUGGAGAAUUACACUUACCACUUACACGUCCCUCUUCAUCCCUGCUCUACUCUGAAGUCCUGACGGUGCUUUUGCCGAGAGAAUAAUGAAGUUUCUGCUAGUCCUGUGUGUUCUACCAUUAGCACUUUCCGCACCAGCUUUUCCUAAGCCAUGUGGAGGAGCCCAGCAAUCCCCUUGCGGAAAACAGAUGCCUCUAGCCGCACCCAUGCCUCAGGCCCCAUGCGGUGGUGCCCCCAUGCAAGCCACUUGCGCAGGACAGCAAAUGCCUUUGGCCCCACUCAUGCCUCUAGCCCCACCCAUGCCUCUAGCCCCACCCAUGCCUCUAGCCCUACCCGUGCAGCAGGCCCCGUGUGGUGCUGGGCCCAUGCAAGCCCCUUGCGCAGGACAGCAAAUGCCUCUGGCCCCACCCAUGCCUCUAGCCUCACCCAUGCCUCUAGCCCUACCCAUGCCUCUAGCCCCACCCGUGCAGCAGGCCCCGUGUGGUGCUGGGCCCAUGCAAGCCCCUUGUGGAGGGGGUCCUCCAGCUGGCAAAUAAUUUAUUAAUGAAAAAUGUUUAACUAUUCACAUUAUGCUUUAUAGAGUAUUAUAUUUUAUUAAAAGUUUCUUCUGUAAGAUAAAC